AUUAUGCUGAUCCAUUGUGAAGACGUGUCCUGCGUCCUACAUAAACCACUUGUGUUUGGACCACUCACCUCAGCUUCGCUUCUCAUCGUGAUACAUCGCUGACAGUUUUUUUGGGAUGUGAAGUGAAACAUGCCAAGGAGGUUUGGGAUCGCCCCCAGUUUUUAUUGGAGGGAGCUGGCACGUCCCACUGUCCCUUAAUGCAUCUUAACCUAAUAUAGCCUGCAGCAUCUUUGCUUUUUGGAGGGCCAUGCAUUGCCUGAGGAGGAAGCGGCUGCAGUUGAGGCGAGUCUUGUUCCUCCUCACUGGCGUCUUCAUGUGCGUCCUGUACCAGCUGACCAUCAGCGCCAGACGCUACGAGACUUUGCCUCUGCCGCAGUUUAGAGACGCUUUCGCAGAGGGCUCGGCCGCUUGGGUGGAGGAUGUCGCAGGCGAGAGUCGAGAAAAGAGCUCCAUGGUACAAUCGGAGGUGAAAAAUCAAACGACACCAGAACCUCACACGGUCACCACGUCUGCCAACACGACUGAUAAAGCUGAAACACCACCUGGAGCCACCACUAAUAGAACUAUUGUGCACUGCAUCUUCGUGCCCCCUGACCCCAAGGUGGAGCCCCCCAACACGCCAUCGGCUCCUACUGACGCUCCUCACGUUAAGGGAGAGUACCCUAAAGAUCUAUUCUCAGUGGAGGAGCGCCGGCAAGGCUGGGUGGUCCUCCACAUCCUUGGCAUGGUCUACAUGUUUGUGUCCCUGGCUAUCGUGUGCGACGAGUUCUUCGUCCCCGCUUUGGGCGUCAUCAUAGACAAGUUGGCUAUCUCUGAUGAUGUCGCAGGAGCCACUUUCAUGGCGGCGGGAGGUUCUGCCCCCGAGCUUUUCACGUCCUUCAUCGGCGUGUUCAUAGCCCACAGCAACGUGGGUAUCGGGACUAUCGUGGGCUCAGCGGUUUUCAACAUUCUGUUUGUGAUCGGGAUGUGCGCUUUGUUUUCCCGGGAGGUUCUUUGUCUCACGUGGUGGCCUCUAUUCAGAGAUGUUUCCUUCUACAUCCUGGACCUCAUCUUGCUCAUCAUCUUCUUCCUGGAUAAUGUCAUCAUGUGGUGGGAGAGCAUGGCGCUGGUGGCCAGCUACACCUUGUAUGUCAUCUUUAUGAAGUUUAACGCCCAAAUAGAACACCUUUUCAAGACCCAGCUUUACAAACACAAGAACAUUGUCCGAAUUAUCACUGAAGAGGAACCUAAGGCGGGCGUGGGGUUUUACGCAGCUUGCUGCGAGAUUUGUUCUCCCGGGAUGCAGACAGACCACUCCGGACAUGGCGUGCAGACGAAUGGAGACGGUGAGGAAAAGUCCCCUCCUCCGCCAGAAGACAAGAAUUGGUUGAAGUUGAAGCCAGCUCUUCAACGCGGUGGAAGUUCGGCGUCUUUGCACAACAGCACCAUGAGGAACACCAUCUUUCAACUGAUGAUCCACACCUUAGACCCCCUGGGAGAAGGGAAAUUCAAGGACAAGGCCCAGAGUCUAAAUAAUGUUGUAAGACGGAAGACUCUCGACAAAAUGUCAUCAACAAGUGAAGAUGAAGAUGAAGAUGGAGAGGAAGACAAGCAGCAGCAGGACAAAGAGACUAAAGCUGCUCCAGAGAGCGAGAAGAAGGAGAAUCCAGAAGACAAGAAGGUACUUUCAGUGUCCAAGCAUGUGAUGGUGCCUAACAAAAAGCCCAGAAGUCAGUCUUUGAUUCCUUUCUUUGAGGACCAGCCUGCAGCAGAGGAAGACUCUGCGGAGGACAGCGAUGAAGACAGCGAUGAUUCCAGUGAAGAUGAGAACGAGGAAGAGCCUUUGUCUUUAGAGUGGCCUGAAAGUCCACGUAAACAAAUCACAUAUCUCAUCCUGCUGCCCAUCGUCUUCCCUCUCUGGCUCACUGUUCCCGAUGUCCGCAAACAGACUUCCAGGAAUUAUUUUGCGGCCACCUUCCUGGGCUCCAUUCUGUGGAUCGGCAUCUUCUCCUACCUCAUGGUGUGGUGGGCCCAUCAGGUUGGUGAGACCAUCGGCAUCUCGGAGGAGAUUAUGGGCUUGACCAUCCUGGCUGCAGGGACGUCCAUCCCUGACCUCAUCACCAGUGUGAUCGUGGCCCGUAAAGGCCUCGGUGACAUGGCCGUGUCCAGCUCUGUGGGCAGUAACAUCUUCGACAUCACUGUGGGUCUGCCGGUGCCGUGGCUCCUCUACUCGGCCAUCCACGGUUUGGUCCCCGUGGCCGUCAGCAGCAACGGGCUCUUCUGCGCCAUCGUGCUGCUCUUCCUCAUGCUCCUCUUCGUCAUUAUCUCCAUCGCGUGCUGCAAGUGGAAGAUGAACAAGGGUCUGGGCUUCACCAUGUUCCUGCUCUACUUCAUCUUCCUGGUGCUCAGCGUCAUGCUGGAGGACCGCGUCAUCAUCUGUCCUGUUUCCAUCUGAAGGGACGCCACACUAAUCACGUCAAACCACACAGAAUCAUGCAGUGUCAUAUUUUGGUAUCAAUAGCCGCUUUUUGUUGGAUUGCAAAAUGUGAUUUUUGUACAAUAUUCACAGAUUACUAGGGGUGUAACGGUACACAAAAAUGUCGGUUCGGUACGUACCUCGGUUUAGAGGUCACGGUUCGGUUCAUUUUCGGUACAGUGAGAAAACAACAAAAUAUACAUUUUUGGGUUAUUUAUUUACCAAAUUUGCUAAAUCUUCCACCAAAAAUAUUUUUCUUAGUGUAAUAUUUGAUGUGAAGUUAUGGGAACCUUGGAUAGGUCAAUAAUUCAUAAUAACAUUGAUUUUGAUUCCAUAUUAUGUUUUGAGCAAUGACAGUUUGAAAGAAAAAAACCCAGCUUUGUUUUAUUAGUCAACAUUGCAACUUUUUCUAAAUUACAUUUAACCUUUAAGCUUUUUUAUUUCGCUUUUUGUUUAUUUUAAUAGUAUUUUUAGAAUGUGCCGUGGGCCUUUAAAACAUUAGCUGUGGGCCACAAAUGGCCUCCGGGGCACACUUUUGACACCCCUGCUAUAGAUAAUAAAAUGAAUCUAUGGAUAAAAAGCAGAGCCUGGCGACGCAUGCGCGUUUAUCAUAACUCUCUCACUCUCUCUGUCUCUGCCCCUCCCUCACCAAUGCUGCUGCACACCUUCACAAUUUGUUUUGUUUUUAACCCUUUCUUAACCCUGAACGUACAUUGAAAAUACACGCAACCCUAACUCAAAACGCCGGACAUUUGAGGCAUUUAAGGAACUCCGCCCUGACAGCUACGCAAAAGAGGAUGUAUGGUCAGUCUAUCGUAGCCCGCUAGCUGCUAGCAUGCCGUGUGUUGUGCCUCGGUGUGCAUUGUUUACACAACGCACGUUACGCUACUUAAAGGCCUACUGAAAUGACAUUUUUUUAUUCAAACGGGGAUAGCAGAUCCAUUCUAUGUGUCAUACUUGAUCAUUUUGCGAUAUUGCCAUAUUUUUGCUGAAAGGAUUUAGUAGAGAACAUCGACGAUAAAGUUCGCAACUUUUGGUUGCUGAUAAAAAAAAGCCUUGCCUAUACCGGAAGUAGCGUGACGUCACCGGAGGAAGGGCUGCUCACAUUUUCCUAUUGUUUACACCAGCAGCGAGAGAGAUUCGGACCGAGAAAGCGACGAUUACCCCAUUAAUUUGAGCCAGGAUGAAAGAUUCGUGCAUGAGGAACGUGAGAGUGAAGGACUAGCGUGCCGUGCAGGACGUAUCUUUUUUCGCUCUGACCGUAACUUAGGUACAAGCUGGCUCAUUGGAUUCCACACUUUCUCCUUUUUCUAUUGUGGAUCACGGAUUUGUAUUUUAAACCACCUCGGAUACUAUAUCCUCUUGAAAAUGAGAGUCGAGAACGCAAAAUGGACAUUCACAGUGACUUUUAUUUCCACGACAAUACAUCGGUGAAGCUCUUUAGCUACUGAGCUAACGUGAUAGCAUCUGGCUCCAAUGCCAAUAGAAACAAAAUAAAUAAAUCCCCUGACUGGAAGGAUAGACAGAAUAUCAACAAUACUAUUAAACCAUGGACAUGUAACUACACGGUUAAUGCUUUCCAGCCUGGCAAAGCUUAACAAUGCUGUUGCUAACGACGCCAUUGAAGCUAACUUAGCAACGGGACCUCACAGAGCUAUGAUAAAAACAUUUGUGCUCCACCUACCCCGGCCAGCCCCUCAUCUGCUCAUCAACACCCGUGCUCACCUGCGUUCCAGCAAUCGACGGAAGGACGAAGGACUUCAACCGAUCAUCCGUGCGGUCGGCGGCUAGCGUGUCUGCUAUCCAAGUCAAAGUCCUCCUGGUUGUGUUGCUGCAGCCAGCCGCUAAUACACCGAUCCCACCUACAACUUUCUUCUUUGCAGUCUCCAUUGUUCAUUAAACAAAUUGCAAAAGAUUCACCAACACAGAUGUCCAGAAUACUGUGGAAUUUUUAGAUGAAAACAGAGCUUUUUUGUAUUGGAUUCAAUGGUGUCCGAAUACUUCCGUUUAUCUAGUGACGUCACGCGCAUACGUCAUCAUACAUAGACGUUUUCAACCGGAAGUUUCGCGGGAAAUUUAAAAUUGCACUUUAUAAGUUAACCCGGCCGUAUUGGCAUGUGUUGCAAUGUUAAGAUUUCAUCAUUGAUAUAUAAACUAUCAGACUGCGUGGUCGGUAGUCGUGGGUUUCAGUAGGCCUUUAAUAUGUCUGUGUGGAAACUCGUUCGGUACACCUCCGAACCGAACCGGAACCCCCCGUACCGAAACGGUUCAAUACAAAUACACGUACCGUUACACCCCCUACCGAUUACCGUUUUGAACUUCAGUGUAGAAUUAGAAUUCCAUGCAAAUCUGAUCAUAGAACAAUUGUGUUUCUUUAGAAAUGAAAACAAAUCACAUAGCCAUUUAUUUUUUUUUAAUGCAAUUUCAUAUAAAUAGGUGUCCAUCUUAACAAAUGAUGAAUCACAAACAGUUACAGUUGACAUAUAAAGUGAUGUUUUGGUCACAAGUGAAGGCUAAUGUACAUGCUAUGAAACAAUGUAUAUUCCAAGCAAGCACACGACUUUGUUCCUUGGUUCAAACUGCAUCAAACUACAACUUUUCACUUUUGGAUCGGUGUGGAGUCAGGGCAGGGCAGCGCUGUUUAGUUUUAAACCUGAAACCUCGCACCUACUUUGUACUUUGUGCAAGCAGACCUGUUUUACCGUCACUUUUGUUGUUAAAUCUACAAAACACAUCAAAUGAUGUACACAUUUACAUACCCAGUAGUGUUACAAUAUCAGCAGAAGAAUAUAGUCAUAUGUAGUUUGAUUGUACUGUACUAAGGACAUCUGUCCUCGGUGGUCCCUCACAACACAUUACAUAACACAUCUCACAUUAAAAAUGAUAUUGCGUUAAAACAAAUCACAUUAAAAUCUCCCUUGUGGGUUCUUUUGGUACAUUGUAAAAAAAAACAAAAAACAUACAUGAAUAAACAUUGUGCACAACCAUGACUUGAGUGUUCCCUUUCUAAUGACCAUUAGC